AUGUAUUUACCAAGCUGCACCUAUCCGUCAAAGUCGGACUUUGGCUCCAUCGCGGCAUCAUUUUCAGCGGAGACUGGCACGGAUUACCCGGGCUACUGCUACCACGAGCCUCGGCAGCACUAUCCUCCUCCGCCUCCUCUUCCUCCGUGGAAAUGGACCUUCUACCAGGAGAGCAGUCCUGUCACCUCCCCACAGACACCCUGCCUCACUUUUAAAGGGGAAACUGUUUAUCACGACGGUUUACAGCCUCCGCCAGAGACUAUUUUCAGCCCCGGUAAGGAGUGCUUUCUCUACGGAGCGCCUGCUCCCCGUUUCCCCAGCGAGCCGCUGCCUUUCCCCGGCAGAUACUCCGCGUUCAACCCGGACUCACAGCUCCUCUUCCCCGCAGCACGGGGCAGCAUCCUCCCACCGGUUUACGAUCAAGAUGGUGGGGAUGCGAAAUCCCAGACUGAUCAAAGAGAGAAUGAAGCGCCUAAGGCCGAGUGGACGAGCUGUGACAGCGCUGAGAGCAGCGAGGUGAAGGCGGGGUCAGAGUCUCUACAGCUGGGGAAGGAGGACAAGGAGGGAGCGCCGAUGUCCAGCGGGAGUGCAGGAGAUAAUAGUCAUGAACCGGAGCCCCGUGUGAAGAGAAAGAAGCGGUGUCCUUAUUCCAAGCAUCAAAUCAGGGAGCUGGAGAGAGCCUUUCUCUGUAACAUCUACAUCAACAAGGACAGGCGCCUGCAGCUGGCCCGACUGCUGACUCUGACGGAAAGACAGGUGAAAAUCUGGUUCCAGAACAGAAGAAUGAAAGAGAAGAAACUGAAAACAGAGAGACUGCAGUACUACACUGGGUACACUCUGUUCUGAUGGAUGAAUGGUUGAGAGAGAUAAAAAAUACACCGCCUUCCCUUUAAUGUGCACGGACUGGGACACCUCUGCACACACGCUAAACAAAGACGGUCACCAAAUGUUGAACCCUAAGGCCCAGGUCACAGCCCCAUGAUUUUCUCAUGUGUCACAAGGCCAAAACAUCUUAUGACUAUUUUUUUCACUCUUUCUUGUCUUGACUUUUUAUGAGAAAGAAUCUGAGUCACUCUUUUCCUCACUUGAACCUGAGGUCCAUGUGAUGUCAUGUAGUAACAGUAAAGACAUGAACCCUUCUGUUUUUUUCUUUUCUUUGUUUUUCAGUGAAAAAAAAUCAGUAGAGAUAUAUCAAAUACACAGGAUGUUGACUUGCACUGCUGACAAUCUAAUUGUGUGUAACAAUGUGGUAAAGGUUAAAAACUUUUAACUAAGUCUCAAAGACUAAUAUCCACCCUGAAUAUUAACAUGGAAAUGUUUCAAGUAAGCACAGACAAUCAAUGAAUAUUCUGAUGUUGUGAUAAAUGGUCUUCAUAUCAUUGCCAAUUGUUUGUAUUAAUUCUAAACAAUGAUUUGAUAGUACUUGUUUUCUUUGCUUUUCAGAACUUGUAGGGAAUUACCAUGUGACACACUGCAAUCAACGACUCAUGAUUUCAUUUGACUUAUUUGUACGGUUAUUCCUGCAUUGACACAGUAUGUCACUGAUUUCUAUAUAUUCAUGGAUUAUCCCUUAAUGUUUUUACACUUCAAGAAAGUUCCUGAAUAUUUGAUGCAAUUUCUAAGGGGAUUUGUUCUGUAUAUUUUGUAAGAUUUUGAGUGUUUAAUUUUUCAUUUGAUUUGAAAACCUGUUGUGAUAAAUUUGUACUGUAAGUUUGUAAUAAGCCUUCAAUACUUUUAAUGGUCUUUUAGUCUAUU